AUGGUGCAGGCCGUGUGCAGUGUUGUGUCUGAGGAGGUGCAUGAUGGUGUAGGCCACGUGCAGUUGUGGAGCAUGGCGCUGGACCUGCAGGGCCCGCUGUUCCUCCUGGAGCCGCCGCACCUGGUGGAGUUCUCGAACGCGUCGGGCGGCCGCGUGGACUGCCAGGCGCACGGCAGCCCCCCGCCCGCCGUGGAGUGGCUGGGAGGCGGCGGCGGUGGAGGCGGCGAGGAGCCGGCCCUCGAGGUGGCGGGGCUGCGCCUCGUGCACGCCAACGGCUCGCUCGAGUUCCCGCCCUUCGCCGGCGACCGCUACCGCCACGACGUGCACGCCGCCGUGUACCGGUGCCGCGCGCGCAACCAGCUGGGCGCCGUGCUGAGCCGCGACGUGCGGGUGCGCGCCGUGGUGCAGCAGAAGUACGAGGUGCAGGUGUACGACGAGUACGUCAUCAGCGGCAACACGGCCGUGCUGCGCUGCCAGGUGCCCGCCUACGUGGCCGAGUACGUGAUGGUCACCUCGUGGGUGCAGGACGGCUCCGUCAACAUCUACCCCAACACCGACACGGGCGGCAAGUACGCGGUGCUGACCAGCGGCGACCUCUACAUCUACAACGCCGGCCCCAGCGACGGCUACAAGAGCUACAGCUGCCGCACGGUGCACCGGCUCACCAGCGAGGUGCAGACCAGCACAUACCCCGGCCGCGUCAUCAUCACAGAGCCUAAGGGCAACGUCCAGCCUCGCAUCACCGUCGAGAAGCACGUGACGAAACAAGUGAAGGUCGGGGACGACAUCACGCUGCCUUGCGUCGCGCAAGGCUUCCCCGUGCCCACGUACAGGUGGUACAGGGAGGACCGAGACCAGCUGCUGCCAGUGGCGACCGGCCAGCGCGUCUUCAUGCUGGCGGCCGGCCUGCUGCGCAUCAGCAAGGUGCGGCUGGAGGACAAGGGCAAGUACCUGUGCUGGGUCAACAACUCUGCGGGCGAGGAGACCGUGCAGGUCACGCUCAGCAUCUCAGCGCCGCUGUCCGCGCACCUCCAGCCCCAGAGCCAGGUGGUGGACGUGGGCAAGGAGGCGGUGUUCCACUGCGUCUCCAGCGGCUUCCCCGUCACCAAGGUGGCGUGGUUCGCGAACGGCAGGCCGGUGCCGGCGGGCCGCGACGCCAGGUUCCAGGUCACGUCCCAGCCCGAGCGCCUGGCGGUGCGCGCGCUGCGCAAGGAGGACCACGGCAUGUACCAGUGCUUCGUCAGCAACGAGUGGGACAUGGCGCAGGCGACGGCCGAGCUGCAGCUGGGCGACGCGAGCCCGGAGCUGGUGCAGUGGUUCACGGAGCAGACUCUGCAGCCGGGCCCCGCCGUGUCGCUCAAGUGCGUCGCCACGGGCAACCCGCCGCCGCAGUUCGCGUGGACGCUGGACGGCUUCCCAGUACCUGACAACUCUAGGUUUUUAGUCGGACAAUACGUAACGAUACACGACGACGUUAUUAGUCAUGUAAAUAUAACGAAUUUAAAAGAAGAAGACGGAGGAGAAUACACGUGUACAGCAAAGAACUCGGUCGCUCAAGUUUCCCACAGCGCAAGGAUCAACGUUUACGGCCUGCCAUAUAUUCGAGUGAUGCCGAAAAUCACUGCCAUAUCCGGAACCGAUCUCGUCAUAAAGUGCCCGGUGGCGGGCUACCCUAUCGAAUCCAUAACUUGGGAAAGAGACGGCACGCUGCUGCCCACGACGCGGCGACAGCGCGUCUACCCCAACGGCACGCUGGUGGUGGAGCAGGCGCAGCGGCAGGAGGACGCCGGCACCUACACCUGCCAGGCGCAGAACCGCCAGAAGCACUCGGCGCGCCGCGACGUCGAGGUGCAGGUCAUAGUGCCGCCCAAGAUCCUGCCCAUCCCGGCCAUGACGAUGCUGCGCGAGGGCAUGCGCGCCGCCAUCUCGUGCCAGAUCCUGGAGGGCGACCUGCCCGUGUCGUUCCGCUGGGAGCGAGACGGCGAGCCGCUGCCGCUGGCCGGCGUCAGCGCCUCGGCGCGGCGCCUGGACGAGUACUCCUCGCUGCUGGUCAUAGAGCGCAUCUCCGCCGCGCACACGGCCAACUACACGUGCGUGGCGCACAACGUGGCGGGCGCCGAGCGCUUCACCGUGCCGCUCACCGUCAACGUGCCGCCGAGGUGGACGCUGCAGCCCGCAGACGCCAGCGUCGCGGCGGGCCAGGAGGUGAUGCUCAACUGCCAGGCGGACGGCUACCCUGUGCCCAUCAUCAUGUGGCGGAAAGCAGUUGGGUCGCACCCCGGGGACUACAAGGAGUUCCUGUACGAGCCCAGCGUCAACUUCUACCGCAACGGCUCACUGGAGUUCCUGCACGUCAGCAAGGAGAGCGAGGGCUACUACCUGUGCGAGGCCAAGAACGAGGUGGGCACCGGAGUCAGCAAGGUCAUCUUCCUCAAGGUCAACGCGCCGGCGCACUUCCCGCAGAAGACGAAGCAGAUGCAGGUGCAGAAGGGAGAGCAGGCGCACCUGCAGUGCACGGCGCUCGGCGACACGCCCAUCGAGAUCAUGUGGAAGAGCGGCGGCAAGCGCAUCUCCGAGGACAUGGACCCGCGGUACAGCAUCAGGGAGCAGCUACUAGACGACGGCAUGGUGUCGGAGCUGGGGAUCCUGCACACGUACCGCCACGACACGGGCGUGCUGUCCUGCCACGCCAGCAACGCCUACGGCCAGGACGAGAUGACGAUACAGCUCAUCGUGCAAGAAGUACCAGAAAUGCCUAAAAACAUCAGAGUUAAUGAUCAACAAAGCCGGUCAUUGACCUUAUCUUGGACGCAGCCCUACGCCGGCAACAGUCCAAUAACCAGUUACAUCAUCCAGUACAAGUUAGUAGGAGACAUGUGGCAGGCGCAGCCCUCGAAGCUGACCGUGCCGGGCGCACAGACCACCGCCACGGUGCAGAACCUCAGCCCCGCCAGCUCCUACCACCUGCGCAUCAUGGCCGAGAACCGGCUGGGCCUGAGCGAGCCCAGCGAGGCCCUCCAGGUCACCACCCAGGAGGAAGUGCCGAGCGGCGCGCCGCAGGACGUGCGCGCCGAGGCCAGGAGCUCGACGGAGCUGUUCGUGGCGUGGGAGCCGCCGCCGCGCGAGACGUGGAAUGGCAACCUGCUGGGCUACUACGUGGGCUACCAGGAGCACCGCCGCGCGGCCGGCGCGCCGGGACCCUCGACGACCCCGCCGGCGCCCGGCCUCAACUACAGCUUCCGCGCGGUGGAGGUGGGCGCGCAGUACGGCGGCGAGGUCACCCUGCAGGGGCUCGCCAAGCACGCCACCUACUCCGUGCUGGUGCAGGCGUACAACAGCCGCGGCGCCGGGCCCUCCUCGGAGCCCGUGUCCGCCAGGACCCUGGAGGACGCGCCCAGCCUGCCGCCGGAGAACGUGCAGUGCGCGCCGCUCACGUCGCAGUCCGUGGAGGUGAGCUGGGAGCCGCCGCUCCCCGAGGGCAGGAACGGCGUCGUGCAGGGCUACAAGGUGUCGCGCCAGUCCGCCGACCAGCUGUACGACGAGGACGAGCAGGACACCAGGGUGAUCACGUCGCUCCGCACCACCAUCCAGGGGCUGCGCAAGUACACCAACUACAGCAUCUCCGUGCUGGCCUUCACCGCCAGCGGGGACGGCGUCAAGAGCCUUCCCGUCUUCUGCCACACCGAGGAGGAUGUGCCAUCACCACCUGCGGACAUCAAGGCCGUCAUCAGCUCCACAAACAAGAUUCUCGUGUCCUGGUUACCACCGCUGUUCCCCAACGGCCAACUAACGGGGUACACUUUCUACAUGGGCAUCAUAGAAGAUGGUAAAGAGGAAGGGACCCACAAGCGCAUCCUGAGCCCGACGAGCGAGUCUCACGAGACGGUCCGGCUGCAGGAGCGGGCCACCUACCAGUUCUGGGUGACGGCCUCCACUAAGGUGGGCGAGGGCGAGAGCACGCCCGUCGUCACCAUCUCCCCUUCCAGCAAAGUUCCAGCCAGAAUAGUUUCAUUCAGUCGGGAAAUCACCACACCGUGGAAGCAUGACAUCACACUUCCAUGCAAGAAGGUCGGCAUACCUGCUCCACAAGUGGUGUGGAAACUCCACGACAGAAUCAUCGAAACGAAUGGCAGAAAACAGAUCAACAAAGAUGGCUCACUGUUGAUAAAAGAUGUGCAACACAACAGUGAAGGGAACUACACGUGUAGUGUCGAAAACCAGCACGGGAAAGAUGAAAUUAUUUACAGCAUCAAGGUUAAAGUGCCGCCGGACGCACCCACCCUCUCCGUCGUCGCGUCCUACUCGGACAGUUUGCGGCUCCAGUGGACGGACAACCACAACGGCGGGAGCCCCAUUCUCGGUUACGUGAUCAACUACAAGCGGGACCACGGCGACUGGGAGGAGCUGCAGAUAGACGCGCACACCAACUCCCACAUGCUGCACAACCUGUGGUGCGGCACGCGCUACCAACUCUACAUCACGGCCUUCAACAAGAUCGGCACCGGCCUGCCGUGCGACAUCGUCAACGCCUACACCAAGGGCACGGUUCCCGUGAAGCCGCGGCAGUCGCAACUACUGACCGUCAACUCGACGGUGGCGACCAUCUGGCUGGACGCCUGGGGGAACGGCGGCUGCGCCAUCCUCUACUUCAUCAUCGAGUACCGCGACGGCCAGCGGGGGCCCGGCGAGUGGACCCUGGUGUCCAACAACGUGCAGCCCAUGGAGCGGGUGUACAGCAUCGUGGACCUGGUGCCCGCCACCAACCACCACCUGCGCAUCACGGCCCACAACAACGCCGGCUCCACCGUCGCCUACUACAACUUCACCACGCUCACCGUGGAGGGAGUGACGGUGAUCCCCGAGCUGGCCCCGCCAGUGCACCACUCGCAGGAGGUGCCCUUCUACGCCAACCUCCGGAUCGUCAUCCCCAUCAUCGUGUCCCUGGCGUCCGUGCUCAGCCUCGUGGGGGUGGCCGCGUUCGUGUGGAGGAAACGGCUGAGGAACGAGAGUGCGCACAUGGGGGAGUCGCCCUCCGUGGCCCAGAUGCAGAACCAGCACAACAGGGACCAGCAGUACCUGGCGGUGAGGUCCUCCGGCAGCCAGCAGCCGGCCCUCAGCGCCGACUCCAGCAGCUUCAAGACAGACUCCGCAGACUACAUCGAGGAUAUCUGCCCCUACGCGACGUUCCAGCUGUCGAAGCCUGCGUACAGCGAGAGCACAUACAGCGGCAACGUGUACAGCGGGCCUUAUCACUCGGUGAGGGGUUCCUUUGUGUACCAUGACCCUAAACCCUCAGAAGCUGAAAGCUACAAGUUCCGACACCAACACAAAGAACCAGAAUACACGAAAGUAAGAAGAAAAGGCGGAGGGAAGCUGAGAGAUCCUCACUCGGAAAGCCAAGAGUCGGACAACCUUGGCAGCACAGAUUCCGAGGUUAAGAAGAUUCUAACUCUGCACCUGCCUAUUUCAGAGUACGACACACUGGGCAGUGAUUCCGAGGGGGAAAUCCCGGGCGGGCAGGUGGCGGCAAGCCAAGAGCUAGUCUCCUUCAGACACAGAAUGGCCCGCGAGGUUGGUAAAAGUGGAGUGGAGGAAUCGAGCUCGUCCUCCGAGGAGACCCCUUCUGGAGCGAGGAAGCCAUUUCCAUCCAGAAAGUCAAAAAGUAAGGGUCAGAUGAUGGGGAAAAAGCAAGUUCGCAGCAGCAGCGGUUAUUCGAGCCACACUGAGGAAACCACAUUCAGUUUCAGCGACCGUAUUCACCCCCCCUCCCUGUUCUCAGACUCGCACUCGCACGAACUGAGCGAGGCGGAGUGCGACAGGAGCAAGAUGGUGGGUCGCAAGUCAGGACGGCCGCCGCGCCUCAGCAGGGAGACAACGUUCCAGAUCGACGUCUAGCUGCACGCCGUGCCUUGCUACUCACUUUCUAGAGCGUCUCCGACUCUCUCUCUCUUUCUCUCUCUCUCUCUCUGCGUCUCCCUUCGCCACACGCGACCGAGAACCGAAACGGGAGCUGUAACACUGUCGAGUGCCGUAGCUGGAAGCAAAGGAACUACGCUCUCGGGUGUUGACUGUACUCGUGCGUACUGCAAGUGUCUGCACGAGGACGUCCGAGUGCUGAUAUAUUGCUGUCGGGACUGAGUAUGACCGUUCAAAAUGAAAAUGCACAAUUGAUACUGUGGACCACAGACAGUCCAGGCUGACUUCUUAAUACAAAAUACAGGUAUGAUUUCAGUAACAAAAUUUAUAGCUGUAACUUAACAUUAAAAACCUCACUGCUGUUGAAAAAAAAUUGAAUGGCAAAAAAAAUUAUUUUUCCAAAAUAUUUGCAGCCAAUAAAUUUUUUUGCCUUAGUAAUUUUAUCAAACGCAGAACUUCACAACAGCUGCCAAAAAAAAAAAAAAAAAAAAGCAAAUCAGAUCAACAUUCUCCAUUACCAAUUUACCAAUUUUUGUUUCAAUGACAGUAUUGUAAUGUAAACUGAAAAUUUACUUCAAACAAAAAAUAAAACAAACUGCCACAUUUCAUUCAACCUGCUACAUUCUCUUGCAUAUCAUACUUUCACAGUUUCUGUAACUGUACAAAGUAAUAUAAGUCUAAAUAUACUUCUGUGUGAAAGAAAUUAGGAGUUCAAGAAUAUACUCUGGUUGCAAAUCAAACCACUAGUGUGCCUAAACAGGCAUCGUAAUCACUAAGCACGCUGUAAAGCAUUCUUGCUUUUCAUACACUAAAGUCUGAUUUAAUAUAUACAGCUAUCCAUUAGACAAAACUAAAAUAAUAAUCACCUGGCACUACAGUAGAAACUAUGCCUAAUUUUAUCUGACAGAACAUACAAACCAAUUUCUUCAUGCAUUACAAGAAAUCAUAAAAUGUUAACAGAUAAUAGAGUUUAUUGGUAUCUCUGUACCCCAUCCUUGGCUUCCAUACUGUUGUCCUUCUGUAUACUACUUACAUCCUGUAUACUUUUUUACCAGAAUAGCAAAACAAAAUGAAGGGAGUAGUUGUACAACAUCAACAAAAACAGGUAUGUUGUAACAAAACAAAUCUGUUUCAUGACCAUUAAAACCAUAGUUUUGAUAUACUGUGCAAUGAUGUAGCAUUCAUAACUAAUCUGUAUCAUAGUAGUGACCUAAUAGUGCCAAAUUAAAAAAAUUAAAAAUCAAAGGUAAGAAAAGCAUUUUUUUAAUUGUCAACCAAUUAAUAUUUCCUAAUUUUUAAGUAAACAAUAAAUCGAAACUAAUGUAAAUGUACAAAUAACAAUUAUGGUAGAACCCUGUUAUAAUGUUCCUGCCUAUAAUGUUUACCUGCUUAUAACAUCAUAUUUUUAUAAAGUCGCAACAUUUUCCCCAUAAGGACAAUGUAUUUACUUCCUAUAGAAUGUUUUCAAAAUUCAAGAAAUGCAACAAAAAAAAAUUAAAACCACUGUGUGUUCUUUAUAUAAUAGGUAGAUAUGUUCACAAAUACAUAUCUGUUGGCACCUUCUUGGAAAAAAUAAAUAAAUUCUUCCUUUCCUUGCCAUUCUGGGGUGUUGAUAUAUAUACGUAGUGAUGUCUGGGCUUGAUUUACUUUGAUACGAGAACUACUGUAUGGGCGCCACUAUAUGAAAUGGCACACGGAUCCGGCAGAGACUCAUCUCGGGGUGUGACAUCGCCUUUGUGGGAGCGAGAUUUGGACCAUCUAAAUUUCGCACACCAAUUGCCAAGGCCUGGCCCGCUCUCAGCGUCGGGCACGCUUUACGGAUUAACGCAGUGGGCUCUCAGGGCGUCCCACACGCCGCCAUGCAGUAGAUGUUAUACACGUGGGCACAAGAAGAAAGGAACACCAAUUUAAUUACACGUCUAGGUUUAUUAAUAAGUUACACGCUCCCGUACACAUCGUCCUUGUAACAGUUAAAACGCCCGAGGCACGAAUCACUUUUUGUUGCAGUGUGGUCUACACAUGUGGCCACACAAUAAUUACAUAAGGGUGAGUAAACACUCGCGGAGAGUACUAAGAAUAAUUAUUUAAACAGCCUGCCGGCCGAGAGUAGCCCCAAGGGGAAACGUAAAAAUAUUUAAAAACUUCAGAACAUGAAUGGAAAACUACUUAUCAGUGAAUACAAGCGAUAAGGUCCCCAGGGUGCUGGUGUGUCUGCUCUCGGCUGGUGAUGAUGGACUGGGGCGAACGAAUGCUCUGCACGGGCCACAUGGCGUCUCUCGCGCCGAACCAAACUACCGUUACGUUUUUAUGAUGGCGUGCCAAGGGUUAUUAAAAACUAGACACACAAAAUGCUCGUACAAUUUUUGCAUACUUUCAUGUGGCUAGAAUGAUUAAAACAUAUAGUAAUUUAAAAAUUAUUAGUCAAACAGUCUGGCUUUAGCAGGACUCGGGUUUGCCAUCAGAAAUGUCCGGUGCCAUCUUUAUUUUUUUUUGCAAAAUAUAAGAGUUAUUAAACAAAACCCUCCUGGCCAAUCCGCCGUGCCACAAAAUGCUUAGGAUAAAAAAUAAAGGUUUACAAUUUUAUUUAUAAUGAUGUAAGGGGAUGGAACACUGAAGCUACGGCGCCCUCUCGCGGGAGUCUGUGGCGCGCUAUUUAAACACACGUCACGCAGCACACACACGCGUACAUGUCGGCGGUGCAAACACCAGGAAGGAGUGGUUAGGGAUGCCAUGGGACCGCAAAGGGAGCGGAGUCUGACCAGGCUUCAAGGGGCAAAGUCCCGGUCGACUCAGUAGUUAUACAAUGUUUUAGUUUGCCAACCGUUCUGCGAUGGCACAUAAUAAUAAAGCUGUUUAUAUUGCUUAGAAUUGAACUUGUUUCAUUCAUAGAUCGUAAUCCACAAAAAAAACACACGUUUAAGAGGCAAAGGAAUUGGAUUUAAGCAUUAUAAAUGCUGAAUUGUGGAUUGGGAGACAAUUUUACAGAAAUGUGGCAGUGUGUCUGUAAAGACAGAGAAAACAAAAGCUGGAAACACCAUGAAGUUGAAGGAAAAUUGUUGGCUUGGUUUAAGAAAUUCAAGCAGAAAGUGUACCCAUCAGUGGUUUUCACAUUAAAUUAGUUUAUGUGGCUUGAUGAGUCCGUGAUUGGUAAAAAUUUCAAACACUAACACGUGAUAAAUUGAUAUUUCCUGCUUGUGUUUUUUUUUUUUUGCCCCCUUGAAAAUAAUUAUAACAGGGUUCUAUUGAAAAUGAUUCAUUUUACUGUAGAAUAUGGGAGCAUAUGUGUUACAGUUGUAGCUCUAUAAAUUUGAAUAAAUGUUAUUUUUCUUCCUAUUAUAUAACUUCUACAAUUACAACUUCAUAAACUCCAGAGGCUACAAAGUAAUGGCAAUUUCAGAGAUUAAACAUAAUAGGUGAGAAAUAGUGAUAUUAUGGAAGAGGAAAUGCAUUUAUUUUGUGGAAUGGAGAUGUCAAACUAUGUGAGUUUAAUUAGUCCUGUUGGGUUCAUUUAGAUAGUCGAUGAUCCUGUUGUAAAAAAAAUAAUAAUAACCUGUAACUUUUAAUAUAUUAUGUUUUUAAAAAAAACACUCUGUCAGCCAUACUCAUAAAGUCAUCAGUUUCAUAUUAAGGGGUUAAAAAGUGAUUUCCAACUUUUUGUCUUUGAAUGUGUCCCCCGAAUUGUGUCCUCGCAUUUCUAUCAAACCCACCAUCUGUUUUGUCACUGCUCUCUUCUCAAGCACUUUCAUUUCAAAGUACAGUGAAUGUCUUUAAUCAAGCAUGUUCGGGACCAUGGCAUGGAUCUGCAAGUUUGAUAGAUUACCAAGCAUUAGUGUAGAGAUUGCCUCCUUGUGUGUGUGAGAGCGCUUCUGCUGAAACAAUCCUAGAAAAUGAGAUGUUUUUGUUUUGACAGUCUGCAUCACGCCUUCACCCCUCAACAAGUCAUAACCAUUAAGGUUGGGUCUCACAUGCCAAGUUUAAUUUUUUUUUUCAUUUUCUCAUCAUUAAUAUUAGUUAAAGGCUUUUUCUGUAAAUUUAACACUAUACCUCUCUUGCAUUUGUUGCUCUGUCUCAAAUAUUUUCCACAGAUAUUCACUUAAUGUAAUAUAAUGAGUGUAAAAUGUCACACUGGUGUUUGUAAUUGUUAUCACUUGUGCAACUUUUUACAGCAAUUAUAUCAAUCACACUUAGUAAAUAUCUCUUCAAAAUAUUUGUUACAGAACAACAAAUUCAAGAGGUCUAGUGUUAAAUUUACCGAAACAGCGCUCAACUAAUAAUGACAGUAAAAUUUAAAAAAUCAAUAUGGCAUGUAAGACCCCACAUUAAGUGAGAUAAGAAUCCUCUUGAAAAAACUGCAGGAACUUGUGACCUGACAGUUGUAUGGACAAAAAAAAGGAGAGGGUGGGAGAUUAGUUUUAACUACCUCACUUUUAUAUUCUGCAGCAGUGAGAGACCAUACGUUAAAGUAAAUGGCGAAAUACUGCGUAAAACUGAGGUGUAACCACAGACACAAGUGGUAAAAACACAGGCUCAAGCAUGGAGCGGGUGUAUGUUCUGAAGUUUAAAUUGCUAUGGUUAGCAAUACAAACCAUAGCCGAGUAAAUGCUAGUGCUAGAAGUUUUUUUAAUAGCUUGAAAUGAACUCGCUAGAAAGAAUCGUAAGACUGCUAUCAUAAAGUGAGUGUAGUUAAACAAAAAUGUUAAUAGAAACAAUUAAUCAGCAAGGAAUUAACAUUACACUUCAUUAUAACAAGAAAGAAAAAAGUUUUGAUAUCCAGAUAAAUAAGUGUGGUGUGGGGUGUCAUUCUCAUUUUAACUUCAAUUAUUAACAUGAUAAAGAUUACACACAGACUCCCUAACUUCUUAUCUUCAUAAGGUCAAGCUAUGUCGUCAGACUAAAACUAGUUCUCCAUCUGCUUUCCCUUCCUUGCCGCCCCACUGUGUUCAGACUCCAUGCAAUGACAUGAGUAUGGUCACAAAAGACACCUUUUCAUUUAAGAUGAGUAGCAUCUUUAAGUUUUUCAGUCAUAAUUUCUUGUAUUAUACAUCAAAAAAUUCAGUACUUUUAAAUUUAGCUUUUGUUUGGCACAUCCAGGUAUUUUACUGACAGUAGAUCUACGAAAAAUAAUUCAAUAUAAUUGGUAGGUUCAAUCCCAACCCUUAGCACUGUCUCAUUAUAAAUACUGCGUUGUUGCAAAGUGUUUUAAAGUCCACUAAAAUAUUGAAAUUCCAGUUAACUUAUGCAUCUAUGCAUUAACAGUAUGUUUGAAAACUCAACAUUUUAUAACUUAAUUUAAUCAAUUUUAUCUUAACAAGCAUGAAUAAUAUUUUCUUAGUCUUAAGGUGACAAAUUUCAGGAAAAUGGUGUUUUCAUGUGAUGUAACAUCUCACCGUAAUGUUUUCAAUAUUCCACUAUCAAAGUGAAAAAUAUGUGCCAAAUGACUAACUAUUGACAUGAAGCAUAAAGAGUUAUUCUCAACAUUACAAAGUGUAAAGUCGUGAAAUAUUUUUACUCAAUUUCGAAAUGCACUAAUUUAAAUUUGACAAUAAUUCUUAACUAAAGCUUUCCUUUAUGCUGAAAAGAAAAUGAUGUACAACUACCACCUUAAAUUAAUUAAUUAAUAUACUGACAAAAUGUUGUAUUAAUUUUCAGUAUGAUUGCUACCACAAGUGUACAACUACCCUUUCUUCCAAUCAUCGUGCUUCUUAUCAACAAUAAAAACUAUUGUUAUCUCCAGAGGAGAGAACAGGUUUGUGUGAUUAGAUGUACAAUAACUAAUAAGUAAAGGAGGUAUGAGACUUGUGACAUGAAAUGUAUUGUAUGUUUGUUGAUAUUUCAGUAAAGUUUUAAAUAUAAUGAUUGUUUGUAAGUAUUAUUACUAUUAAAUGUUAUUAC